AACCUGGCGAAGUUUUUCACGAUACUAAUAGCCACCUGUGACACACCAGAGUUCAAUUUUUUCUCAAGAUUUUGAUUUGGAUUUGUUGGAGAACAUCAAAAUUCAAGUAAUCACCAUGAUGAAAGUUGCACUGGUUUCCUUGUUGCUACUCGUCAAUUUUAUGGGCAUUAAUGCUGGCACAAACUUUGAUGCCACGUGGACUAGAAAUUGCAGAUCGAAAUGGUCAAUAUCCAGCAUCGCAAGUGUUCAUAGCAAUCACCAUGAAGAUCGUUCGUGGAGUUUCUCUUGCAGAUACAACAGCAAAAUUACAACGUCAUGUUUCUGGACUGGAUGGGUAAAUUCGUACGAUAACGAAAUAUUAUACCAAUGCCCUAAUGGAGUUAUCUCAGGCGUGCACUCAAAACACAGCAAUUACCACGAGGACAGAAUAUUCGAGUACAGAUGUUGUCGUACCAAAGGCCAUUGUCACGGUUGCUACUGGACUAGCUAUGUCAAUACUUGGGAUGGUUAUAUGAACUACCACGUUCCCGGGAACUACGUUCUUGUAGGGGUGAAAAGUCAUCAUAACAAUCGGAAAGAGGACAGAUUAUGGAGAUACCGCGUUUGUCAACUGGGCUAAUUUCUUACUUCAUUCUAACUUUGCAUUUUCGUCUUUGCUUGUCAUUACUGGAGCAUGAUCCCUCACUGAUUUUUUGUUAGCUAUAUAUACCUAUAAUCUCAAUAAACAUGUAAUCAAUUUCAAGAAUAACAAAAUAAAGCAGUUUGAAACCA